AUGACGCCCAUCGUCGUCUCUCCAACACGGGCAGUACCAAAUAUGACGCCCGACUACGAGGUCAGGCUCCUACUCAACCCGACAGCGGUCUUCAGCUCUGAAUUCGAGCUAAAGGACACCGUCUUUUCGGCUUUUAAUAUGACCCCGACCAUCACCAAGCUAAAUGUCCAGUUCCUCGACACGUACUCCAAGGAAAUCUAUACAGCCGGCUGGAGCGCCCGAAUACGUAAGACCGAAAACGAGGACGACUUUGAGCUGACGUAUAAGAAGCGGUAUGCCAUCACGGGUGGCGACAUUGAUGCCGCUCUUACUACGGCUAAUACUGAUGGUUUCGGCGACGGCGACACGAAAUAUAAGGCGCAAGUCGAAUGGGGAUACCAGAAGCAGACACUAUCUAUCAGCCGCAAGAAAACCAUAGCAGAUCCUGGGAAUAGCGGCACGGACUUGCCGGAUAAAAGCAACUCGUGUAAAAUGCUGAUCGACGAAGCGCCCGACAAGUUCGACAACUGGUCUCACAACAAAUGGGGCACUAGUGCGUUAGCGAUGUCACGCAUUUUUGGCCCAGUCCUCGUCAGGCGCUCCAUUGGCACGUGGAAUGGGAUGCCGCUACAUCUCGAGGUCUGGCCCCUCCUCAAUCCCGGGGGUACGGGUAUUGAGUACAUCGUCGAGGCUUCUUUCAAGACGAAGGACCGCACGACAGCCUCGGUUGAGCGCAGCAACCUAGUCGCCUGUUUGCAGAGCAAGGAUUGGCUUCUCGAACAGGACUCGCUAAAGACGCAGCUUGUUAUGGAGCGCUACUGA